CCAACAGUAGCAUAUAUGGUCGAUCACCAUCUCUCCGUCGUUCCAGAUCAGCUCACAGCAGAACAAGACAUGCCGGCCAAGCUUCCGUGGUCUCUCCUCGCCGUCAUGGCGCUCCUCCUGGGGACCACAGGCGUGUUCCCAGCGGCGGCGGCUGGCGAGGCGGGGAGGAAGGUGAUAGUGGCGGUGGAGGGGUUGGUCAGCUGCCAGGACUGCGCCAGCGUGGGGACGUGGGAGCUUGCCGGCUCCAGACGGCUACCGGCGGCCAGGGUGGGCAUCACCUGCAAGGACCACAGGGGGCGGGUGGUGCUGUACAGGGCGGCGACGGCGGACGACAACGGGUACGUGUUCGCUGAGCUGUACACCACCACCAUGCGCGGCGGCUACUUCGACCCGGCCGAGUCCUGCGCCGUGCGCCUCCUGGUGUCGCCCGACGACCGCUGCAGCAGCGUCACCGACGUCAACGGCGGCGACCGGGGGACGCCGCUGCGCUAUCAGAACACCACCAUCCCGGGGCAGUACGCCGACCUCGACGUGUAUGUGGCGGGGCCGCUGGCCUUCAAGCCGGCCUACUGUCCCCCAAAGGCGACUUAAUCCUGAGAUUGGGGUUGGAUUUUUCUGUCUGCUGAAUUCUUUGGAUCAAACGAAUUGUUGAGAUCGAUGUCUAACUUCAAAUGGCAAAUGGUGUUGUUUUCCUUCUCUCCGUCCCACAAAGUUAUCGUUCAUCCAUUCUUAUGAUUCAA